AUGGUACCGUAUUGUCACUGUAAAUGGCAAGUCUAAUUUUUUUAUAGGGUGCUUUCUGCUUUAGGUUUUAGGAGGAAACACGAUAUAAAACCAAAUUCUAUUUCUUCUAUCACAGAAUCCCUAGCAGUGAAACAGAUUACUCUGAUGCAGUGAAUUAGUAAUUCUUUAUCUCCUAAGAAAAGUUUGAAUUGCCAUUACAUGUGUACUGAUGAUUAACCUAUUCUAGCAACCAGAGUCACUUACAAGAAUUCUGUGCUGAUGAUCUACACCCUUAAAUUUCAUGGGUUUGCUCCUCCACCCCCCACCUUUCAUUUACUGAAAAAAAUUGUGCAAAGUAACUUCAUACAAAAGUCAUGGAACUUACAAGAUAGAUGCCUAGCUUCACUAUUCAGUCACUGUUGUGUGUGUUGGUUCUCUUCCAUUUCCUUUGUUUGGAUGUUGCCUGUUUAGACUGCAAGCUCCUCAAGUCAGUUGUAUUAUUGUUAUAUUUGUCUGUAAACCACCUAGCAGUCUGUUGGCACUACAAACCCCCUAGUAAAUUCAGAUCCAGUGUAGCUCCUGCUGAAUGUGGCCUCAUUCCUAUAAUUUGUGUAAUGAAGUUUUCAUCUAGAUAUAACGAGGCUGGCUCAUACUGUAAAGCAGAUGAUUUACUGACACUUGUGGGCUGCUUAGGGUAUGUCUGCACUGCAAUUAAAAACCCAUGGCUGGCCCAUGUCAGCUGACUCGGGUUUGUGGGGCUCAGGCGAAAGGGCUGUUUAAUUGUGGUUAUAUCACCUUUGGGGUUUAGAGAUCAUGGCCCCUUUAAAUCUUUGUUCUGAGGAGGAGGAAGUGCUGUUUUGGCAGGAGGGAGCAAUGAGAGAGGGAAAGCGACAGGAGGGGUGUGUGUGUGUGUGUGUGGCUCCAAGGGCUACAGCAAUUAGGCUCCACAGAAUGAAGCAGCUGAGACCCCGCCCGAAGCCUGGAAGGCACAGAGUGGCUGAUCGGGGACACCACAGGACAGGAGCCAGGAGGAGCACUGUGCCAGGGAGGAAUCGCCCAAGAAGGACAAACUGGAGCUGGACCCAGUGUUGCUGCCCAGAGCUGUAUGGGGCCGUGAGCUGUGUUCCCUCUAAGGGCCCAUCUAGGGCUGCCCAGCAGGUGUGCACACAGGAAAACAUCCUGAAGACUCCAGUGUAGCAUGAUGUCUGGGAAGAAUGUCAAGGGAGAGAAAAAAACCCCAUCUCCCAUGGUGAAUAACAAAGCACAGAAAGCAGAACUCACCUUGUGCAGUCAAUAUGAGGAGAAGGUUCGUCCCUGUAUUGAUCUCAUUGACUCCCUGAGAGCCCUCGGAGUAGAAAAGGAUCUGGGUUUGCCAGCAAUUGCAGUGAUUGGAGACCAGAGUUCUGGAAAAAGCUCGGUUCUAGAAGCCCUGUCUGGAGUCGCUCUUCCUAGAGGCAGUGGUAUUGUUACCAGAUGUCCUUUAGAGCUCAAACUGAAGAAAGUGCAUUACACGCAGGAAUGGAAAGGAAAAAUUACUUACUUGGAGAUAAAGCAAGAACUGAAUGGUCCUUCAGAAGUGGAAAAAGAAAUAAGGAAAGCCCAGGAUGCAAUGGCUGGUGAAGGAGUGGGCAUUAGCCAAGAAUUAAUUUCCCUAGAAAUUAGCUCCCCAAAUGUUCCAGAUCUAACACUGAUUGAUCUGCCAGGGAUUGCUAGGGUGGCUGUGGGGAAUCAGCCAAAAGACAUUGGAAAUCAGAUCAUAAAUCUAAUUAAAAAGUAUAUUUGUAAGCAACAAACUAUAAAUCUGGUAGUGGUACCAAGUAAUGUGGAUAUUGCAACUACAGAGGCCCUAAGAAUGGCUAAAGAGGUGGACCCUAAGGGGGAAAGAACUCUAGGGAUUCUCACAAAACCUGAUUUGGUCGACAGGGGAACUGAGAGCAAUGUAGUCGACAUCGUCCGAAAUCUCAGCAUCCCCCUGAGGAAAGGCUACAUGAUUGUUAAAUGUCGUGGGCAGCAAGACAUCCAUGACAAUUUGACACUGGCCUCUGCAAUUCAGAAAGAGAGAGAAUUCUUUGAGGAGCAUGAAUAUUUUAGUAUUCUUUUGGAAGAAAGAAAAGCUACUAUCCCACUUUUGGCAGAGAAACUUACGCAGGAACUGAUAGAGCACAUUAAUAAAUCACUUCCAACUUUAGAAAAUCAGAUAAAGGACAAACUCCGGGUGGCAAACAACAAGCUACAAAAAUAUGGCCAAGGUGUGCCAGAAUCAGUACAAGAGCAGAUGCUCUUCCUAGUAGAUAAACUCAAACUCUUUAACCAGGACAUCAUGAAUUCAGUGCAAGGAGAAGAAAUUGUAACUGAUAAAACAAAACAAAGACUAUUCACAAAAGUUCGCAAGUACUUUAAUGAAUGGGAAGCCCAUGUUAAUAACAGUACACUGAAAGUAAAAGAAAUUAUGCAAGAAGAAGUGUGGGGCUUUGAAAAUCACUAUCGUGGAAGAGAGCUCCCAGGGUUUGUCAAUUACAAGACAUUUGAGGCCAUUGUGAAACAACAAAUUGUGCUGCUGAAAUCACCAGCUAUCAUGAUACUGAAGACAGUGACUGAGCUUGUACGAGAAACUUUUACUGAAAUUGCCAUGCAACACUUUGAGAACUUUUUCUGUCUUUUCAGAGAAGCUAAGACUAGAAUUGAAGACCUAAAACAAAAACAAGAGGAGGAAGCUGAAACUGUAAUUGCCAAUCAGUUCAAAAUGGAACGCAUCGUUUACUGUCAGGACAGUCUUUACAGUGAGGAUUUACAGGAAAUUAGAAAAACUACCGGAGUCGUCUCUUUUGGUGUUGCUGUUACUCAUGUUAAGUCUAUUGCAUCUCAAAAACAGUAUUCCAUUGAUGAAAUGGCUUAUCACUUGAAUGCCUAUUUCAAGGGUGCAGGCAAUCGUCUCUCCACUCAAAUUCCUUUGAUUAUUCAGUCCUACAUCCUCCAGGACUACACUGAAAAGUUACAGAAUGCAAUGUUGCAACUUUUGCAAGAUAAAGAUCGGUUCAGCAUUCUUCUUCUUGAGAAGAAAGAUGCUGCCACUGAAAGGAAAAAUUUGAAAGAAAGAAUUAAACGUCUGACACAAGCUCGACAACGCUUAGCAAAGUUCCCAGGUUAAAGCAGAUGUGCUAAGCAACAACACUUCUCUUUAUUUCUCUUAUGUGUGAGUUAGUUAACCGAGACCUAAAUAUUCAGUGGGAAGUGUUGGGUACUCAGGACUUUAGAAAAUCAGGCCAUUUAUUACAUGUCUAAAUAUGGAUUUUGGUGCCUAACUUUAGGCUCCUGUUUUUGAAAAUCCUGUUUUGUGACCCAUUCACCUCCUAACUGGGAAUAGCCUGCAUAGGGUAGAGGGGUAGCCUUCAGAUUUCAGUGUGUGGAGUUCCUUGUGGAUUCUCCUGUCUUCAGGGGAGAGUUCCCUUGUAACACUGGCCACCCUGGAUCCCUGACCCAUUUCUUACAACUGGGGCAAGGAAAUAAAGUCUCAGUUUCCUGCCAGAACUCCUCUGUCUGUGCCAGACCCGUAUUACGUUCCCACCCCACAAUAUCUGAGACACUCAUGCAGAGGCACCUUCCAGCUGCACUGCUGCCCAGCUCCCAUGAUCCCCUGAUAUCCUGUCUCCUCACAUGUCUGCUGCCUCUAGUCUAGAACCCCUCUUCAAAGGGAUUUUUCCAGUAAUGGAGAGGGACAGCAGCCUAAUUGACUGCAGUAGGUAGUUUUGCUUAGCCCUGUAUGUUUCUGAAGGGAGGGAGAGGAUUCCGCAGAGCUGACCUACUCCAUUAGCAGCCGUCUCCAAAUACAUAGAACCGGGAGCACAUGGAACUCCUGUUGUGGGCCUUCAUACAAAACUCUCUGUCAUGAGGAGAAGGGGUUUCCUUACCAUGCUGGGAGAGAGGCCCUUCUCCCACCUUUCUAUAAGGGAGGGGAGUUUAGGUUUGUGGUUAGUGCUUUUGCCUCCUUGUGAUGCUUCCAGCUAGUGCUUUUGCCAAGGUUUUUAAGCAUAUGCUGCUUUAAUGCUUUGAUAAUGAUGUGAUAUGUUAUUUAAAGCAUAUGCCUAUAUAUUGCAUAGUGUCCUCUGGAAUUUGAGCUGAGUGACAUAUGUGAGUGUAGGUUGGUACUGUGUGUGUAUUUUUGCUCUGGGGACUCAGUGGAGACUCCCAUUCAAUGAAGAAUUAUUCUGAGUUGGUAAAUAAAUAGUUGAAAGUAG